GAGCAGAAACCCCAUCAUGUGACCAUAACAUAUUAUACAUUUUGGCGCUAUUCCCGAUAUAGUAUUCAAGAUCUAAAUUCUGGACCUCGCUCUCUGUCGCUCUCACGUCUCGCGCACAACUUCCAAUCGAUUAGACCGGCGUAUCUCAUCCUCAAGCUACCCGAAACUAUAUACAAGUGGAUUGCACCCCCCCGACAACCUCAGCGCAAAUUCACCCUCCAAUGGCCCACGCCGAAGCCCCAGCCAUGUCUUCAACCCGCCCAAAUGAGGCCGCCCCAGCGCCAACCGCCAAACCCGCCAUCUCCCCCAGCCUCCGCAACCGCCGCCAACUCGGUCUCUUCUUCGGCGGCGCGGCCUUCUUUGGCAUCGCAAGCCUGAUCACACGCCGCUCGCUCGUACGGCGCUACAAAGCCAUCGUUCCGUCGUUCUACCAACCCUCGAACCAGGCGGCGCCGCCUCUCAAUCUGCAAGUCGAGGCUAUGGAUGCGCUGACUAUUGCGACGGCGAAUGUGUUCAGUUUGGCCAUGAUGUGUACCGGUGGAAUGCUGUGGGCGUUUGAUAUCGCGAGUAUAGACGAGUUGAGGGCGAAGAUGAGGGGGCGGUUGGGGACGGAGAGGGUUGCUGGGGGAGGGGAUUCGAAGGCAGAGAGGGAGCUGGAGGAGUGGUUAGCGGGUAUCUUCGAGAGGAAGAAGAACUCGAAGGACUCGAAGGACCCGGAGGAUGAGAAAUGAGCAUUGUAUACUAGGCAUGACUGGCGUUUGGGGCAUGAGGUGUGUUUAUGGAGGAAUGACCGGCACGAUGUGUAGGAAUAUGGGAGGAAAUCGCAAUUCUAAGAUACCAGGGUGUGGAAGGUCAGAAUAACUGACAUCGACUGUGGGUUGAACCGAAGAGGUCCGGAUUAUUGGUGCCGAUUUACAGUUAUGUUAGGACAGACAUAUCAGUUAGCUUGCCGACGGAAUGAAAUCUAGUGAUCACACGC